GGUUCGUGUAGUGCCAUACUGUAAGCGUAGUCCAUAGAUUGCAUGCUGAAUUUUAGUUAAGAGUCAUAAUAGUUAGUUGUUUUUUUUUUUUUUUUACAACGUUUAAACUUCAUAUUGUCAGUAAAAAGUUGUUUUCAUGGAAGACACGGCGGACACUUGUAAUGGUAGCAGCAGCAACAUCACUAAGAAGAGGGAGGACUACCUGGAAUGGCCUGACUACUUCAUGGCGGUGGCCUUCUUGUCAGCACAGAGGAGCAAAGACCCCAACUCACAGGUGGGUGCCUGCAUUGUGAACCAGGAGAAUAAGAUCGUCGGUAUCGGCUACAAUGGUAUGCCCAAUGGCUGCGAUGAUGACAUGUUGCCUUGGGCUCGAUCAGCUGACGACCGUCUGGACACUAAAUAUCCUUAUGUGUGUCAUGCGGAGCUCAAUGCCAUCAUGAAUAAGAACAGUGCUGACGUGAAGGGCUGCACCAUUUAUGUUGCUCUGUUUCCCUGCAACGAGUGCGCCAAGCUUAUCAUCCAAGCAGGAAUUAAGGAAGUGGUCUAUCUUUCUGAUAAGUACCACGACACACCAGAGAUGACCGCCUCAAGGAGACUACUCAACAUGGCAAGGAUACAGUACAAGCAAUUCCAGCCCAAGAGGACUUCGAUUGUCAUUGAUUUUAAUUCCAUUAACCAUCCGCCGCUGCUGAACAGCUCAACAAAGUAAAAGUCCAAACGUCCGAUAACCGGGAACGCCGCAAUGAGAAAGAGGUGACGCAACAUGGAGAUGUUUCCUGCCUUUUUUUAAAAAAUGUUUUUAAAAAUGCUCUUUCAACCUAGAUGACUUGGAAGGACGUAUUUUUCUGUUUUUACAAUAUCGCUUCAAAAACUCAAUGGUAGGGACCUUUCAAUGUGGGUUUAAAAACUUACGAUCAGUUUAAGAAGUUGGGUUUUGUCAUGACUGGGACCCCCCCGACAUUUGUUUAUCCUGGUAUUGACCCCUUUUACAUAGUUGAAAGGCAGCAAAGUGUUCUUCAGUUCUGACCUCGUGAAGGGUGUUACUUUUUACAUUUUUAUUUUUUGCUGGUGCUGGCUAGCAGCCUCUGAUUGUACGACUGCUUUCGCUGUUGCUUUCCAACAUUAGAGGCUGCUGACGAUCUCAUUGUUCCUCAUGCUUAUUUAUUAUACACUAUUUUAUUCGUUUCUGUCAGCUACACUACAUGGCUACAUAAAUCCCAAUGGUGUGAAGGUUGCUUUCUACAUGGUGUAAAACUCUGUGCUACCAAUUCACAGAAAAAUGUAAAACUCGGGUGAAUAAAUCAGGUACACACACAAAAUGUUUUUUUCAUUCCAUGUACGUAGUGGACGCAUCUGGAUGCCACACAGCGUGCAGCAUAUAUUUUGUGUAACCAUGGUU